GUGUCAGUCUGAUGACGCAACUUCUUUUGGCUUCACAGAACAAUUUGAACAACUUGAUUAAGUUUAUCUGUUUAUGUAUACUUUUUGUGUCUUACACUAGAACACUAAUCUUGCUUGGUCUGCACAACCGUUGUUAACUGAGAGCCUUAAUUCAGUUUUAAUCCCGUUCAACUGCAUGUCCUGAUUUCCGAUGGACGCGUAAACAAGAGGUGUCUAUGAAAAACACUGUCGAAGAGUCGAAAGAGAGCAACACCAAAGCGCUGAAAGGGAGCCUUCAAGUGUUGACUUCUGAGGGAUGUUCGCAAUUAUGUCCUUCCAGAGAGUUUGGCGUUUGAGGGUUUUGAAGAAGUUCCAUUGGUUGGACGACUCUGUUUGGAAAGUUCCUCUAUCGACGCCGCUCUGCACCAAAGCAAAUAAUGUCAAGAAGCCCGUCAGAUAUACAAGUAUAAAGAAAGCGAAACCAAAAACUAUAAUCGAUAUUGCCAGAUUACUGCAGCAAAAGACCAAGGAGACCAAAGAGAGGAAAGAAUCAGUGAUCUUGAAAGCUGCUACAAGUACAACCAAACCGGCUACACCAAAUCAAUUGAAUGACGAGAUUGUUUCCAAUGCUAAAGUUCACAUUUUUACCAGCACCCUCCCAGAUAAAGUUAAUGUGGAAGGUUCUGCUACGCCUGUGGACAGUGUAGAUGUAGAAGCAGUUACAGGUUCUUCUCUGAAUAUGGCCUCCAAAAUGCCCGUAGCAGUGGGCAGAACUGAUUCAUGUGAAUCUGCACCUGCCACUGCCUUAUUCGAUUCUGCUGUGGAUUUUGCAUAUUCAAAAUGUGUCGACCAAAUGGCCACGGUAGGUCGGCAUAAUAAGUCAUGCACUGAAAUUUCAAAUGCAAAAGAUGCACCGCCCAAAGCCGUAGAGUCGGCCGCUAGUAAUGCUCCACACGAGCCUUCAACUCAAGAAGAUAUGACUACAAUCAGUCGAGUUUCUGCGACAAACACCAAAGGAGUGGAUGAUGCUGCGUCUGCCUCUAAAAAUCUCACACCAGACGUAAUCGUUGUUAGUGAUGAAAUAGUUCAUAUGCCUGAAGUUAUGGUGACCUCCAAAGCAAUGGCAACUCCUGAAGUUUCAUCUGCGCAUGAGGAUGGUCCUCUUCUACAAGAGUCAGAAGUUGUUACAGUGACCAAUGCAUCAACAUUUGUAAACAUUACUCAAGCACGGUACUCUUCACAACCUCAAUUUCCUCAAUUCAUAGCUUCCGAUUGGUCUUCAAAUGUCAAUACGGACAAAACACCUUCUAGCCGAGAGAUCAUCAAUCAUGCUGUUGGCUCAUUUCCAGUUGAGUACAUAAUGGAUAUUUCCAGAGCUGACGCUGUGGCAGUUGCCUGUGGUGAAGGCCCAACCCUUCCAGAAGAUUGUCAUGAAGAAGCCAUUCCCGUCUCAGAACUCGCCAUCCCAGAAGUCUCUUUAUUUAAAUCCGCGGAGGAUCUUCCUGUUGUUGAUGAGACCAUAUCUGCCUCUCUAUGCAAGAAGUCAGAAAAGUGCAUCAAUCUGAAGGACCCAACUCUAGCACAAACUGACGAGGUGCCUGACGCACAGCUUGAUCCAGUUAAGAGACUCUUUCUCGACAAGAUACGGGAAUACUCCACAAAGAGCCAACCCUCUGGUAGCCAUGUAGAUGCUGGACCAGAAUAUGAGAAAGUUUUCAAUGAAGAACUAACCAAACUCCAGAGACUCUUUGGGGGUGGAGACUUAAGCAAGUUCCCAGAAUUUAGGUUCUCUGAGCCUGUUCUGGAUGAAAGCAACUCAAAAUGAAAAGCACAGCAUGGCAUUGUCAUAGAAAUACAUCAUUCGUGAUGUAUUUUAAAAGGCACUAGUAUGUGAAUGAAUGACAUCAUAUUUAUGAUGUCAGCAAAUGCUGUUACAGAACUGUAGCCUACAUUUUAAAACGAAAAACAAGAGAAACGCAAAAUAAAUAAAGUUGUUUGAUAUGUGAAA